UAAACUCUUUAUAUAUCUGUGACUUGUGUUUAUGGGAUGCAUAUAGAUGCGUAUGUAUUGUGUAGAGUGUUCUUCAAGCAAAACAAUACAGGGAGCAGAUAUGCACCAUUCUUGGAAGAAGAGUGGGAUGAUGAUAAUGGUGAAAGAGUUGCGAUCCAUGUUCCAGAUGACGGUCCAUUGCCUCUUUGUGUCCUCAACAAAGAAGCUCCAUUGCCUCUCAUCCAAUACAAACGCAAGCGCCGAAUCAGCUCAAGUCAAACCACUCAAGACCACCGUUCCUUCACAGAAACAAUCAUUGACAGUACUGCUUCCGCUGAGCCGCUCGAUAUCUCAGAACGAAUUGCAUUAAGAGCGCUCAACGGUAUGUUAGAUGAUCUGGAGAAGGAGCAAGAACCAGUUGUUGUGGAUGGCAAUAAAAUCAACGAGAUUCAACAGGAAAGUCAGUUGCAGAGAAAGAAACUCAUAGAUCUGAACCUCAAAGAAGACGCUCCAUCGCCUCUUUGUGUCGUCAACAAAGAAACUCCAUCACCUCUCAAAUAUAUGAUCGAUGAUCUGGAGAAGGAACAAGAACCAGCCACCAAGAGGAUCAACGAUCUGGUACUGAAGGAGAAUGACGAGAUAGUUGUGUUCAGAGAGAUGCAAGAGCGUGAAAGUAUGAAGGCAGAAAUGGAGAUAAGCUUUCUUGAAGCGCAAAUUGAUGCGUUGGAUAGAAAAAUUGAUCAUCCUCAUAAAUAA